AUGUCUGAGGGACAAAUGUUAAAUUAUGAAGAAAUAUUGAAUCAUCUUGCUAAAUAUGAUGAAUUAAUAGAAGUUCGUGAAGAAGGUGCUGAAAUUAAAGAAUACUUGGAUUCUUUAACUGAAGAUCAAAGGCAAGAAUUUUACCCAACUGUUGAUGAAUACUUACGGAAGUUACAAUCUGAAGAAAAAGUAAAAGACCAAGAUACCGAAAUGGAUGAUGAGAUUGCUGACAAUAAAACUGAGGAACAACUAAAAAAUAAGUCAAGGGAAAAAAGUUAUGAAAGGCCAGGAUUUGAAGGUCGUCAUUUACCAAAAUUAAUACAAAUGCUUGAACGUGGAACCACUGAUAAACUACCAAAGAAAUUCAAACGUAAAUUAGGGAAAAGGCAAAUAAAUCCUAGAGCUAAUUGUAACAUCAGACAAUAUGUUGCAACUCAUGGGUUUCAACCUUCUCCUAUGCUUAACGAGGACGAUUUGGAGUCGUAG